UUCUUAGUGUACACGUUUCCUUUUUGUAGGAUACAGUUUGUGAUUUUAUUUGGUGGUGAAAAUUGCUCAGGAUUACAUUCUGGUGAAUUGAAUGUAGUCUAGCGUCCUUAACAACGCCCCAUGCUGUAGAUGUUAAAGGGUUUCCAGCGUUUGCCUGUUAUGAUCACGUUUAUAGCGGGGGCGUUAGUUCCUGCACAGCUGAAGCUAUCUUACAAGUGUUGAAUUUUACUACCAGCUCACAAACACCAGAGUGCUUUCGUAGGUUUCGCCUGGCAGUAACGGUGGAGAAGACUUCUUCGUCCUAUAAACGGUGACAAAUAAGUAAGUCAUUAAGACUUGUUGAUGUCCGCGAUUCGUAGACGCUCAUUAUUCUAGGCUGCUGAACAAAAAUAUUUUUUUCUCUUCGCUUUUUCCUGCGCGAAAAUAAAAAGUAAAUGUGAAAUGAAACUCAUCUUGAACAAAGGAGAGUGCACACCAGCUAAUACGUCUUCUGUCCAGUUUUACGUUGAUUAGUUGCUGUUGAGCAAUAUGAAAUGAAAAUCUAUAAACAUCCGUUGUUUAUUCCGCACCUGGGAGUCUCCUAAAGUUUAUUUAUUUGUACGGUGCUGUCACACGGGUCAGACGUCAUCUUCACAAGACUCCGGUUAGUGGUUACUUCUCUAAUCAGCCCGUCUUUAUUUUUAUGGCUGUAGUUAUUGAAAAAUAAACAGAAAUAUGUUCGAUGAGACGAUGACACCAUCCUCUGAUCAAAAUGGAAUAUAGCAAGAAGAUGUAGGUCCCUGGAAAUCGUUUUGUUUGGAUAAGUUUUUGAAACAACUCACGACACCCCUUUAGCUGUUGGCUGUAUUAAGAUUGUUUCAUUAUCAUUACUGCUGAAAAUGAUGAACAUUGUGAAGAUAAGUGAACGUUUGAUGUUGCCCGGGAGCAAUCAUCCAUUUUUAGAAAACUGGCGCGGAUUGCUAUUAAACUUGGUGAAUAUCGGAGAAGAAACAUCGUAAUCACAUAUCAUCACCUGGGAGACAAGCAGGCGUCCUCCAGAAGUAAUAAUUACAAGAAAAUUGCUUUUGUUUGUUUCGAUGCCUGAUUAUACACUCCGGGAUGGAAAUUACUGUCCAGCGUGCUGAGUUCUAAAAACCAGCCGACAAUCAAAGAGCACAAGACAAUAGGAGAAAAAAAAAAUGUGCCAAUUAUAUUUGAGAGAAAACGGCUUGUGAUUUUAGCCGGCUUUCGAUUCCCUGGUGAAGUGAGAGGACUGCAAAUAUCCUAGCCUUUGAACUGAAAAGAAAUGUGCAGGUAUACGCAUUUUAUUUACCUUAACUUCAAUUGUUUGUAAGUUUGGGAUCCAGUCGUUCCCUAAGUAAUAUUAACCUUUGACUAAUAAACGGAAGAUUUGAUUGUUGACAAUGUCGGUAUACCACGUCUAAAUUAAUAGGCAGUGACGGAUGUCUCUCUUAAAAGGUAGUUAUCGGACGAUAUAUACAUCUUCAGAAAUCAAGGACUGUUGGGUCAUUUAAGCCACAACAAUGGGCCAGUGAGCAAGGAGGAAUUGGGAGAGUGUUUUUUAACGAACUCGAGGGGAGCUUGUUUUUGUCGGUAGUCUUUCCUUGUUCGGAGGUGCACAAUUUUGUUUUGUGAGAAAUGGCAGCGGCGAUCGCCAGCGGUUUGAUCCGGCAGAAGAGACAGGCUCGAGAACAGCACGCAGACCGACCCUCCACCAAUAGGAGGAGGAAAAGCCCCAGCAAGAACCGGGGUCUCUGCAAUGGGAACUUGGUCGAUAUCUUCUCCAAAGUCAGAAUCUUCGGCCUCAGAAAGAGAAGACUACGGAGACAAGAUCCCCAGCUCAAGGGUAUAGUGACCAGGUUAUAUUGCAGGCAGGGAUACUACUUGCAGAUGCACCCAGAUGGAUCUCUUGAUGGGACCAAGGAUGACAGCAGUAAUUCUUCUUUGUUCAACCUCAUACCAGUGGGUCUCAGAGUUGUUGCUAUUCAGGCCGUGAAGACAGGGUUAUACAUAGCCAUGAAUGGUGAAGGCUAUCUGUACACAUCAGAACUCUUCACACCAGAAUGCAAAUUUAAAGAGUCGGUAUUUGAAAACUAUUAUGUGAUCUACUCGUCCAUGCUGUACAGACAACAAGAAUCUGGUAGAGCUUGGUUCCUGGGUCUCAAUAAGGAAGGACAAGUCAUGAAGGGGAACCGAGUGAAGAAAACUAAACCAGCUGCUCAUUUCCUGCCUAAGCCAUUAGAAGUUGCCAUGUACAGAGAGCCAUCAUUGCAUGAUGUUGGAGAAACAGUUCCAAAAGUGGGCGUGACUCCAAGUAAAAGCACAAGUGCGUCUGCAGUAAUGAAUGGGGGAAAACCAGUCUGCAAGACGAGCAAGACGACAUAGCCAGACCUGCAGAGCUGUGGCACACGAACGAACCCAUGACACUGUUGAGCGGUUUAUCCCUGCCAGACUCGAACUCUCGUGCGUGUGUGGAUCAGGUUCACACAACCCUUGCUCCUCGCUGUUUCUGAACUGUUCCAUCGCCAGGGGAUAAAUCAGUCCCAAUCUGUCGCUAAUAAAUCCACGAGGAGAAGACAUCUGGAUAGCCAGCUAAACUCUGACCAUGGAAUGCCCUACCAGAUAUGGAAUGCCUUUUUAAUCUUUUCUGUAACUGUGACAAUCCAUGAGAAUGAUAUAUUUCACAGCCACAUGCAGUACCUUGCCUGCUGAUGGUUACCCAUAAUUCCCCCUUUCGAGCCCUUUUGCAGCCAAGUCCAUGUAGUUCAGAUCUAUUUUCUAUGUGACAGUACACCAGCUGUGUUCUGGGUAGAUGCUGUGAAGUUUGGAAAAAUGGACUGUCAUCCUCUCUUUUUUACAAGUAUGUUUCUCUCCUCUUUCUAUUUCUCUUCUCACUCUUUCUCUUUUGUCCAGUACUUUAGAACUUUUUGCAGGGGCUAUGUGUGAUUUUCUAAUACAAACAAAAAAAACCCCACACACACUAAAAUUACUUACGCAAAAAAGAUGUCACAGCUGGCUUGGCUCCAGAAACUUCAAGAAGGUUCAAUUAAAACACUUUUGAAAUACCACAUCUAUAAACAAAAUGUAAUCAGCAUCUCAGGCUCAGUAUUGGUUCUACUAACGAUAACAACAUGGUGAAGGCUGAGAAAUUGCUCCUGGCAUUAAACGCGAAUACAUUAUGCCAGGCACUAUCAAUAUAAAGCUCCCUGGUGUGGGUGCAUGGUAGAAACAUAUCACAAGCUGAUUCCGCCAGUGGUGAAAUUCGCCUUGUCCAGUCAAUAGGAACUAGAAUUUUAUUUUUUAGAGCAUGGGCUCUAAGAAAAUCUAUAGGCCUUGUAGGCCUCCAGACAAGGCCCAUCCUUCACACACUGACCCUCUUUAAGCAGUGAGCUAUGGAGCUACUGAAGGGGUCAUGCUAACUGCAGCCAUUAAAAAAAACAUUGUCUACUUUACUCAGUGUGGGGAAUGCUGGAUCUAAGUAGAUGCCAUUACUAUUGGCUGCAUCACCGUCCCAUUCAGCAAAGCAUGGGCAAGGUUAGUGUUGUGUUCUUUCUUGCAGCAGCAAUGCAAGAUAUAGCUUAUAUUCUAAUGUUUUCAUUGUAUAAAAAAAGAGAAAUGUAAUUUUUGAUGACUAGACAUUAUGAGAUACAGUAUAUGAAAGGAUUUUUCUUAGCUCAGCAUGCAGAGUCCAGAACUUCUCACUUUGGUCUAUGUACCUGUGCAUACCUCUAACCCAGCAUGCAAAAAUGUGUACCCAGACACUGCUGGGUUAAAGGUGCCUCAUAAUCAGUCCACAUCCAGUAGGAGUCAAGUUGCAUAGUAAAUAAACAAAAGAACAUACAGUACCCUUAUUUUUUCAGGGUUUUUUUCUCAGAUAGAUUCUUACCAAACUAUCGAUGUCCUUGACUGUGCAACUAAAAGCUGAAAUAAAACAAAAGAUUAAUGAUAAAUGCAACAGAAAAAACUUUUAUUUAUUUUUUGUUUUUAAUGGA